AUGUACCUCCACAAGUGUAUUUUUAAAUUAGCCCAGCUGCGGGCCAGCAACUGUACUAUCAAGCCAUGAUGGCUUUAUCCAGAUUUCCGAUCCAUUUCCAACAAGCUCUCUAUGCAUAUGAACUCUUGACUUUACCAAGCAAAAAUCCUCUCAGAAAAGCAUUUCUUUAUCAUUUUCAAUUUUUCACGAAUCACAAUCUGGAUCGUUAAAGAUAUUAUAUUACUCUCUUUCCCAAAAUUCUGGCUUAUUUAA